GAGCUCCAGGAGGGAAAAAAAAAAAAUUUCCCGGAUCCCCCUCCCCAAUGCCCGGGAGAUGGGAUCUGUCCCAUCCCGGGCACCCCGAGGUGUCACCCAGCUCUCCCGGAGCUGCUCCAGCACUCCCAGAUCCUUUCCCGGCCCUCAAACCCCAACCAGGGGGGGGUCUCUCCCUCCCCCCGAGCCGCGCACGUUUAUUCCGCCUCCUCCGCAUUCCCAAGAAAUCGGCUCCCGCUGGGAAUGGCAGGGUUGGGAGCAGACAAAGCGCUCCGGCUGCCAGCUGCCGGCCGAGCGGGAUUUAACCUCUUCCCGCUGGGACGCGGCCUCGGCAGCCGCGGCUGGAAAAGGGGGAAUCAGGAGUUAGUCGGGAAAAAAAAAAAAUCCCCUUUCCCGAGAAUUCCAGCGGCCGCGGAGCCCGGGUUUUUUUCCAUGACACGGGCAAAGCCGGAGCCGGGGGCCGGUCCGAGGGCUGCGAGCCCGCUGGAAGUCCCAAAAACCCCGUGGUUGUUAGGGCAAGGCCGUUGGGAAAGAGCUGCGGUUGCUCCGUUCCUGCCGGGCGGGAGGAAUCCGGAACCCCCCGGCUGAUCCCGAGCGGCAUUCCAUCCCAAACGCGGAAAAGGCGUUUUCCAGAGGGGCUCCGGGGGGGACCUGCCGGGAUAUUUUGUGGGGGAAUACUUUAGGGAACAUCCCAAACCGCCUUUCCCGGCCGGAGUUCUUCCUCCUCCCGCCGUUCGGCCGGGAGCGGGGGUGGAAAGCGGCCCCGGCUGGGGUCCGGGCUCAUUCCCCGCCCGUGUUCCCGGCAGGACGCGAGGAUGAGGCGGCUGCUGGGCGUCGUGGCGCUGGCGGCGCUGCUGUCGCCGUGCCUGGGCUGUCCCGCGCCCUGCUCCUGCUCCACCAAGAAGAACGGGCGGCUGCUGGCCGAGUGCGCCUACCGGGAUCUCCGGGACGUCCCGCGGGGCCUGUCCCCCAACGUCACCAUCCUGACGCUCUCCGCCAACCGCCUGGGCCGCCUGGGCCGCUCCUCGCUGGCCGAGGCGCCCGAGCUGCAGUCGCUGUGGCUGGGCUACAACCACAUCUCGGCCGCCGAGCCCGGCACCUUCGCGCACCUGCUGCAGCUCAAGAACCUGGACCUGAGCCACAACCGGCUGGCGGAUUUCCCCUGGCAGGACCUGCGCGGGCUGGGCGCGCUGCAGAUCCUCAAGCUGAGCAACAACCGGCUGUCGUCGGUGCCCCGCGGCGCGCUGGCCGGGCUGCGGGAGCUGCGCUCGCUCUGGCUCAACGACAACCAGCUGGCCACGCUGGCCCGCGGCACCUUCGAGGCGCUGCCGGCGCUGGCGCAGCUGCAGCUCUUCCGCAACCCCUUCAACUGCUCCUGCAAGCUCUUCUGGCUCAAGGAGUGGGCCCUCGGCUCCCCGGACGUCCUCUCGGGCGCCGGCUCCACGCUGUGCGCCGCUCCGGCCCGCCUGCGGGGCCGCGCCGUCACCGAGGUGCCCGGCGCGCUGUGCGUGGCGCCCACGGCGCAGCUGACCUACCUGUCGGGGCCGGCCGAGGCCGGGCGCGGCGGCGGCGAGGGGCCCACGCUCAGCCUGCACUGCAGCGCGGCCGGCAGCCCCCCGCCCGAGAUCCGCUGGCGCGUCCGCACGGCGGCGGCGGCCCGGGCCGGGGAGCGGCGCUUCGCCGCCUUCCCCAACGGCACCAUGGCCGUGGCGGGCUUCGGCAAGGAGGACGAGGGCACCUACACGUGCCUGGCGGUCAACGAGGUGGGCACUCGAGAGGCGUCGGUGGAGGUGGCGCUGGCCGGGUCCCGCGGCCCCGCCGAGGAGCUGCCCCGCGACGACCCGCAGCCCGGCGGGAACCAGCACUGCGCCGCCGGCGAGCGGCCGGACGCCUCCGGAGCCGGCGAGAAGCUGGUCAUCGUCUACCACGUGCCCGGCGAGGCCCGCAGCGGCGCGGGAGCCCCGGGGCUCCGCCUGGGAGUCCUGCCGCUGGCGCUGGGGCGGCUGCUGCUGUGGUGAGGAGGCGGAGCGGCGCCCCGGGACUCCCCGGUUUUCCGUAGAUUUUCCCCUCUCGUAGUGCCUUCGCUUGAGCCGGUGGGGUCCGGGCGAGCGCCGGAGCCCGACGGGGCCGCCUUCCCGGAGGAGCGCAGGGAUCCUGCCGGGAGCCGCCGCCGCCGCUUCCCCGGCGUCCCGACGCGCCCGGGUGGGAUUUGGGAUUUUCUUCCUCUUCCUGGUUGUUCCCAGGGUUCCCAGGGAUCUGGGAUUUUAUUCUUCUUCCCCCGAGAUCCCGGCUCCCCCGGUCCCGCUUUUCCCCCGGCCCGCGUCCGAGGGCGGCGGCGAGAGGCGACGAAGGGCGAGAGGUGACGAUCCCGGCCCGCAGCCGCCGGAGGGGAGGGAUCCGAGGAGAAAAUCCUUGGGAACGGGGGAACGCGGUCCUGACGCAGGACUGGGAUGGACCCGCGGCCUUGGAUCGGGUGGGAAUCUCCCGGGCUUUAGCCCCGUAGGAGCGCCUUCAAACGCCUGGAGUGCCGCGGGAAUUCCGGCCCCCCUCGCCGUGACCCCAAAAAACCCCGUCUGGGCUGGACCCACCGCUUGUGCCAAAGAUUCCCGAAGCAUUCCCGGUGGGAAUGGGGGGAAGACUGGGAAAAGCAGAGAAGCUGAGCUGCCUGUAAGCCAUAGACAUUCCCGGAGUGCUCCGGCAUUCCCGGCGGGAGCAAUAUUCCUUAUCCAGCCUCGGGGGGAAUUCGGGAAUGUCCGUCGCCCCCAGACCGGGAUGCAGCUCCAGGAUACCGGGAUUAUCCGGUAAUUCCGCCGGAAUUCCCGCUGGGAUCUGGGCACGCCCUGCAGCUCCCCCCCCCGGCCUUGUAACGCCCCGUGGGGACAGCGAUAAAUGCCUUUAAUUAAUGCCUUUAAUUAACGCCUUUAAUGAAGAAAUACCUGCAGUAAACACCGUCAAUAAACGAACCAUUUUCAUAAAUACCUUUAAUUAAUAAACGCCUUUAAUUAAUAAUUACUUUUCAUAAGCGCCUGGAAUAAAACUCGGUUUUGUUUUUCUAAA